UUACUCAAUCAAAACCAACACAAGAUAGCUCAGUUAGCAUAAUUACAGGCUAGAAAACAUCAAAUAAUGGCUUAUUCAGUAACUAUACACAAAGCAAUCUUCAUUGUUUUCAUCUUAAUCACUUUUUUAACAUCACAAGCCCUAGCUGAUUGUGAAAGUGAAUCCACAAACAGUUGCAACAACAAAGAAAAGGCUCAGCCUCUAAAACUCAUAGCCAUAUUCUCAAUCUUAGCAACUAGUGUGAUUGGUGUGUGUUUACCCUUGGCGACACGUUCAAUCCCGGCUUUAAGCCCAGAAGGAGAUCUUUUCAUAAUCGUGAAAUGUUUCGCGGCUGGUAUUAUUCUUGGGACCGGGUUCAUGCAUGUACUCCCUGAUUCGUACGAGAUGUUGUGGAGUGAUUGUUUAGAUGAGAAACCAUGGCACGAGUUUCCCUUUUCGGGACUUGUGGCUAUGUUCUCCGCGGUGGUCACAAUGAUGGUCGAUUCUAUAGCUACUAGUUAUUAUAGUAAGAAGGGUAAGAGCGGAGUUGUGAUUCCAGAGAGCCAUGGUGGAGAUGAUCAAGAGAUUGGACAUUCACAUGGUGGUCACCAUCAUAUUCAUAAUGGGUUCAAGACAGAAGAAAGUGACGAGCCACAACUUCUACGUUAUCGCGUAGUGGUCAUGGUAUUAGAACUUGGAAUUGUAGUUCAUUCAGUGGUGAUAGGACUUGGAAUGGGAGCCUCCAAUAAUACGUGCUCAAUAAAAGGUCUUAUAGCAGCCAUGUGCUUCCAUCAAAUGUUUGAAGGCAUGGGUCUUGGUGGCUGCAUUCUCCAGGCAAAGUACAAGUUCUUAAAGAAUGCAAUGUUGGUAUUCUUCUUCUCAAUUACAACACCACUUGGAAUUGCAAUAGGACUUGCCAUGUCAACAAGUUACAAAGAGAAUAGUCCAGUAGCACUAAUCACCGUUGGAUUGCUUAAUGCAUCAUCUGCUGGUCUUUUAAUCUACAUGGCUUUGGUUGACUUAUUAGCUGCUGAUUUCAUGAGUAAGAGGAUGCAGAGUAGUAUUAAGCUUCAAUUAAAAUCUUAUGUAGCAGUAUUCCUUGGUGCUGGUGGAAUGUCUCUCAUGGCUAAAUGGGCUUAAUUCUUAAUUAUGUUUUACAUUAGACAUGUUUUAAUGUUGUAAUGUUAGGAUCUUCUUCAUAGUUUUUGUUAAACUACAUUAGCCAAAAUUUCAUGUGUUACCUUGAAAGUGGAAAGUUUGAUUGUGAUGUCAAACCAACUAUGUUAUGUUAUGUUAUGUUCACAUUUUGAAUAAAUAAAUGGAAAUUAAAUUGAUAGUUGGCUGUA